AUGAAAAGUUCUUUAAUUACAAUAAUCAUUACAAAUUUAGUUUUAUAUGGAAUAUCUGAAAGUUUAGCACAACUGAUUUUAAGUUAUAGGUCGAAUCAACCUAUGAUUUCUUUUAAAUUAAAUGAUCCUAUUGAUUCAGUAAUAUUAGAAGAUGAGGAAGGAUUUAGAGUUGAUAACAACAUUGUUGAUAAUGAUAAUGAUUCAAUUAUAGAUGAUGAAGGAUUAGAUAGAUUUAUAGAAUAUUUAAGAAGAGAUCAAAAUGAUUUUCAAUCACAACAAGAAAAUCAAAAUGAAUUAAUUACAUAUACUCCAUUAACAUAUUUUCAAUUUAAUAGAUUAGCAGGAUUUAUGUGUUGGGGUAUUAUAAUGGGGAUUAUACAAUGUUUUUGGUAUAAAUUUUUACAAAUUUAUUCAAAAGAUCCAAAAUUUAUUGAAGUAUUAAGAAAAGUUUUAACUGAUCAAUUAUGUUAUUCACCAAUUUCUUUAUUUUGUUUUUUUACAUAUGGUACAAUGAUCUUGGAAAAUGGUACAUGGGAAGAUACAAAAUUAAAAUUAUCAAAAAUUUAUUUAAAAACAUUAAUUAUAAAUUAUUCUGUUUGGUUUCCUAUACAAUUUUUCAAUUUUUUAAUUGUUCCUAGAUCAUUUCAAGUUCCUUUUAGUUCAUCAAUUAGUGUUUUAUGGAAUUGCUUUUUAUCAAUGAAAAAUUCAACAAAUUAA